UCUUGUUCAUCAUCCACAUGGCCACCCACUGGGAGUUGGAGCGAUCAAACAAUCGACCGAUACCCCUCGACUAUUUCUUCAUCAUCUUGCGAUGGCCGACAAUCCCGUCGAUUCCCGUCACAGCCUGCCACUAGAAUUGUUUUCUUCUACGGUACUUUCGAACGCCCCCACCCGGAGUUAGACUAACCCGCGAGUCCCGUGGUCGGUCGGCGUUUCGAGGCUUCCGUAAGAAGCGGGUUGUCCACGAUUUCAGGGGUCGGAUCGUGAUUCGUUCGGUGUCACUUCCGGGGUGUCCGCAAGAGUAUGGUCUCCUUCAUAAUGUGGGGUACAGAGCCCCUCAUCCCAAGCGCCUUUUACAAGCCACCCUUCAACUGCAAAGCGCGCGUGGGUUGGCAAGAUGAGGCGGUUAGGUUGAACCCUAUCAACUCCGUGUUCUUUCCACGUGAUGAACACCCCUCAGUCAUCAGCGUCAGAUGAUGACAGUGAACAACGUUAGUUUAGAGUCGCCUUUGGGUUUGUUUAUCU